AUGCUGAUUUUUGAAAUAUAUGAAUGGUAAACAUAAAUUUCAAAAAAAGUAGCCUUAGAUAUCAAUAUGUUUGAAAACUGUUGGAAAAGCCUUUAGUAAUAAUGUUUGACUUUGGAUGUAAUAAAGACCAAAAGUGAGACUCCUUUGAAAUUAAAAGAAAUAGAGAAUAUUUAAUCAUUUUUGAUGCAAGACGAAUUAAUUAGCUUAAAAAGUAACGAAGCUUUAAGAAGUCUAAGUCUAAAACUAUAAAAAUUGUGGAGUGUUGAAAAAUAUAAAAAAAUGAUGGAACAGAUAAAUUUACAUAAACUGGUGGAAACACCAUAUAUGAUGGAAAUCAUAGUAUAAGUGUUGCCUGAAAUGAUGAUGAAGGCUACUGAGAUCAUAAAAUUAAAAUUAACUUUUUUAGAAAAUUUCCCAAACAUGAUUAAAGAGUUUUACCAAAGUAGCUAUUAGAUUAAAAUGUAUUAAUAGCAAAAGAAAAAGUAUAUUGUACAUGAAAAUAAUGAAAAGGAAUCAGAGGUUACAGUCACUGAUGUUGAAAACUUAAAUAAAAUUAACUAUUAUGAAAUUGCUGUUCAAGUUUGGAAUAAAAUGGAAGAAAACUCAGUUAAUAUUCAAUUUUUUAGCUUUUAAGAACGUAAUGAUCUUAAAAGCAAGCUCUUUAGAAUAUUAGAUCACAAUCUUGAACAAUUAAAUAAUGCAUUUGAAAAAAUUAUAAUUCAGAAAGAAAGAAUAAUUGAAGUAGUUUGUAAUGCAUUAUAUGAACUCAAUCUUACAAGUUUUGACUUUUAUGAUGAAUUUAUUAAUUAAUAUCAUUAUCAAUAAAUAGACAAGUAGAGAAAUUUGGGAAAAUAAAUUCAGAUUGAUCGGUUUUUACAUGAUAUAAAAAAAUAUUCAACCAAACUUGCUAAAGUAAUGAGUACAAAAUAAACGACAUAAGUUUAAUAUUAAUAAUAAGGAUUUCUGUAUUAAGAAAAAAAAGAGGAGCAGGAGUGGUAAAAUGAAUUUUUUGACGAUGAUGAUCAUUAGUUUGGUUCAUAUAAAAAGGAUUUAAGGAGUUGCUCACUAAUUUAAUAGAAAGGGGUCAGUUUUUAAUUUGUUCACAAGUCAAUUCAAGAGUUCUAUAUAGCUGCUGAUUUACAUGCUCUAUUAGUGUUAUCUAAGGAUCUUAAAAAGUAGACAUUCAAUUGGAUAAUAGAAUAGCUAUCAAAAGAGAACAAUUAUGAUGAAAAUUGGUUAGAAUAUUCAUCAAACUAAAUGAUUUAAGAGAACUAAAUAAAGUUUCAUAGUUCAGUUAGACAAUAGAAAGAUGCUUUUAAAAAAGAUAUUGAAUCAACUCUGAAUAUUUUGAGAAUUUUGAGUAAACAUGAAUUUUUCGUAGAAAAUUAUUCCACUGAAACAUACGCAGAAGCUAGAAAGUACUUGAUUGAAAAGAUAAAAAAAGAAACAUUGAUAAUUGAGUUUUUGAAAUUCCUAGUGAAUUUAACUAAAAUAGAUGAAAGCUUUAUUUAAUCAGGAUCAAACUCACUUAAUUUAUUAGUUGAGAUGUAAGUGGAUCUAACUAGUCACAAUUUUGAGAAAAUAAGAAUCAAAAAUACUUCCAUAAUUGGUGGCAAUUUUGCUAAUUGUAAUUUAAGCUUAUCUGAAUUUACUGAUGUGAAUAUUAAUGGAAUUAAUCUUAAUGGAGCAUUCAUGUUUUGGUGCAAAUGGAACAAUCUUAAAAUUAAUGAUCUACAUUCAUUAGAUGGUCAUUCUAAAAUGGUUAAUUCAGUCAACUUCUCUCCUGAUGGUGCUAUAUUAGCA